CCCCGCCCCGCCGCGCGCUCCUUGACGCCUAGGGAGCUGAACACCUCGGACCCUACGCGCGGAACCGGCGACUCCUCCUCCAGCCCUUGCUCGGGUGCUUUCGCCUCAGAUCCCGCACAGGAAAACUUUAAGUAGAAAAGCCAAAAGAAGCUUCUCCAGCGGCAGUUAAAGAUUAUUUAUAUUUCAUUAAAUACUGCUAAGGAAUACAGGCAACAUGUUCUACACACAUGUGCUUAUGAGUAAGCGAGGGCCAUUGGCCAAAAUCUGGCUUGCAGCUCACUGGGAGAAGAAACUCAAAAAGGCCCAUGUAUUUGAAUGUAAUCUAGAGAUAACCAUUGAAAAAAUUCUUUCACCUAAGGUGAAAAUUGCACUUCGAACUUCAGGACACCUUCUUCUGGGAGUUGUUAGAAUCUAUAAUCGGAAGGCAAAGUAUCUUUUGGCUGAUUGCAGUGAAGCGUUGCUUAAAAUGAAGAUGGCAUUUCGCCCAGGACUGGUUGAUCUUCCAAAAGAGAAUUUUGAAGCAGCUUACAAUGCUAUCACACUGCCAGAAGAGUUUCAUGAUUUUGACAUCCAGAAUGUGAGUGCUAUUGAUGUUUCAGAACACUUUGCUCAGAACCAAAGCAAACCAGAAGAAAUCACACUUAGAGAAGAUUAUGGCAAUGGUCCUCUUUACCAAGCUGGGAGCUUUGGGGAGGAACCUGAAAUUCUCAGAAGACAUAGCUUCUUUGAUGACAACAUAUUGCUGAAUUCCAGUGGUCCUUUACUUGAACAUAGUUCUGGAAGCCUUAAUGGAGAAAAAUCUCUGUUUUGUGACAGUAGAGAUGGAUUUGGAGAUGAAGGGGCUGCGGGAGAAAUGAUUGACAAUCUAUUGCAAGAUGAUCAGAAUAGCCUGUUAGAAGACCUGCAUUUAAAUAAAGAAAUUUCCCUGCCUCCUGAGCCUCCCAGUACUAUUGUGGUACAACCAGAAAAUCCAGAGUGUAUAUGUCCACCUGAAAGUGAAAAAAUGAAUGAAAUCGCAUUAUCAAAUGAAGAGGAAGGAUUUACCCUUGAUCCAAUUGAUAUUUCAGAUAUUGCUGGAAAAAGAAAAGAUAAAAAGAGGAAAUUGCUCAUAGAUCCAGUCAAGGAGAUCAGUAGCAAAAUUAUGCAUAAACAGCUUACUUCCUUUACGGACACACUCAUGGUUUUGGAACUUGCACCUCCUACCCGAAGACUGAUGAUGUGGAAGAAAAGGGGAGGAGUGGAUACACUUCUGUCAACUGCUGCCCAGGAUUUGACUCAUGCUGAACUGAAAAUGUUGUUUACAAAAUGCUUUCUGUCCUCUGGCUUUAAACUUGGAAGAAAAUUGAUGAAGAAGGAAUCAGUAAGGGAAGAAAUGGGAAGCGAAAACAUAGUAGAGACCUCCGUGAUGGAAGAACCAAAUUCCCUGCAAGAGUUAAAUCAAUCCAAAACUUGGAAGGAAGUGACUGAUGGAUCUAAGGGUAGCUCUCAUGAGGAUAACAAUAAAAAUAUUAACUCUGAUCAGGAUAUUGUUGAAACGGUGUCAUCAGCUGCCGGGAAAUUGUCCUUAAUGAAUACCAUCUUGACACAAGAAAUUGAAAAUUGUCCAGUUGAAUUGGAGUCAUUGGGGAACGAACGAAAUAUUGAGGAAGAGAGAUGGAAUCGAAGAAUACUUCAGGUGUUAAACAGUUUGCGGGAAUCCAACAAGAUGGGAAUGCAGUACUUUAGUCUGAUGAAUCUCUGCAGAAAUAGUGACCGAAAACAAGCUGCUGCCAAAUUUUAUAGCUUUCUUGUCCUAAAAAAACAGCAGGCUAUUGAGCUGAGCCAGAGUGCUCCCUAUGCAGAUAUUAUAGCUACAGUGGGACCAAUGUUCCAUACAAUGUGAAGGAAAUACGGAACAUGCAGAUUUGUGUCAUUAUUGGAAUUUCUGUAUAGUUUGCUCAAUUUAAUGCAGAAGCCAUCUGGAAGCCGCUGAAGGUCUGGUCCAUUUCAUAGAUAGGCUGACCUCCUAUUUCUUCAUUGUAAGUUCAGAAUAAUCAUAGCCAGAAAUACUUAAUUAUAGCUAAGUAAUAUUUUUAACUUAGCUGACUUGAAUGUAUAUCAUUAACCAUUUCCCUGACUUGAAUGUUGCAUUUAGGGCACAUUUUUAAAAUACUACAUGCCUUCAAGAAUCAUUCAAGGAAUUUUAAAAAUUAGAUAAUUUACUUAAAUUUUAUGGAUAUUAAUAAUUAAUACUUCUUAUUCCCCAUAGACUAUAAUUAUUUGAUUCUAAUGCAUAUCUUUCUUGAUUUGACCUAAUGUCAUGAUUUUUAAUCUAAUAUCUUAACUGAAGAGUUAUAAAAUUCAUCUUUGUUUUAAAUUAUCUGAAUGGCUUUUAUUAUUUAUAAGUCUAUUUAUAAGUCAUUCAACCUACUUGUUUACUAUUUAAUGAUUAUUAUGGCCACCAUUCAUAUGUCUGCAAAACUAAGUCUGCUUCUUACAUUAAAAAAUUAGCAGACACUUAUUCAGCAUGUUGUCUGCAGCUACAAUUCAAGUAAAGGUCACUAAAAUAAAUGCCUUUACUUGGUGUUUACUGAGCAUUUUUUACAUUAAAACCAUUGUUUUUCUUUUCUCUUAUUUGAAAUUUGAGUUAAGAAAUUUUCAUAUAAUGCUCUGUGAGCUCCGUAACGUACUAUAAAACGAAGCCCAUGGUACUCUCUAAAAUACUAUUGUAUCUGGAAUUGUGCUACAGACUUAAUUCUAAAUGGCCUCUUUGAAUGUAUUAACUACAAGUUUUUUAUGUCAAAUUUGCCUUUUAAAAUUUUUCCUUUAAUUUUUAAUUAAAAUUUAAAAACACACAGAAAAUUUGACUUUUUCAUUUUGGUGCACAGUUCUAUGAAUUUUAGCACAUGUAUAGGUUCCUGUAACCACCGCCAGAACCAGGAUUCCAAUAAAGUCACCCCAAAAUAACUGCUUUGUGCUGUCCCUUUGUAGUCACACCUUUCCCCCAUUCUAACUUCUGGCCACCACGCUUCUAUAUGACUAUAGUUUUGUCUUCUUAAGAAUGUCAUACAAAUGGAAUUAUGUAGUAAUGUAACCUUCGUGAGACUUGCUUCUUUCACUCAGCGUGUCUUUGAGAUUAGGACAAGUUGUAGCAUGUGUCAGUAGUUUAGUCCUAUGUAUUGCUAAGUAGUAUUCUGUUGUCUGGAUAUACCACAGUUUUUAUCCAUUUAUCCCUUGAAGGACAUUUAAGUUGUUUCCAGCUUCUGACAAUUAUAAAUAGACCUGCUACAUACGCCUGUGUACAGUCUCUGUGUGAAUAUGUUUUUAUUUCUCUAGGAUAAAUAUCUAGG